GGUGGAAUGGGCCGAGCAUUGGGCCUUGGUUUCUGGUGGCUGCCUCUGAGAAAGACGACCACCGCUUUUCUUCCACCGUCAAAUUCUACGAUCACGUCAUCCUCAUCCGCCAUUGAUUAUUGAACCAGACGGCGAAGAUAAUCCCCUUUCAGUAGUAAAAGAUGGCGCCAGCCUUGAUCAAUGCAAACCCUGUUGUAUAUGAAAAGAAGGAACGCCCAACUCGAAGUAGACCCGGUGAUGGUGGUUUUGACGAAUAUGCAGCUGAACUGAUUGACCAACUAGAAAUUUUUGACCAUAUUAGAGACAUCAAAGAUCCUGAGCAUCCUUAUUCUCUAGAAGAGUUGAAAGUGAUUACAGAAGAUGCCAUUGAGGUAGAUGAUAAGCGUAGCUAUGUUCGUGUCACUUUUACUCCGACAGUUGAGCAUUGCAGUAUGGCGACUGUUAUUGGUCUUUGUUUGCGGGUUAAACUUAUGCGCAGCCUUCCUUCUCGUUUCAAGGUUGACAUCAAAGUGGCUCCUGGGACUCAUGCAACUGAAGAUGCAGUGAACAAACAAUUGAACGAUAAGGAACGGGUUGCUGCUGCUCUCGAAAACCCUAAUCUUGUUGACAUGGUUGAUGAAUGUCUGACCCCAUCUUAUGAAUGAAUGUUGCAUUAGAACGAAUCACCCAAGACUUGCUUAGUUGAGUUAUAUUAGCAAGAGUUCUUUGUAUAUCUUUAUUUAUGUCGAGUGAUGAUGGUUCUUUGUAGCAGUAUUUGUACACCAUAAAAGCAAUGUUUUCCUUUUCUUUUUAUUAUGCAUUUUGCAACAAAUUCUGUGAUAUAUGUUUAUAUCAUACAUUCAUAUAGAGGUAAUGCAUUUGAUGUAC